GACUAUGUAGCUUCCGGACUAUACUAUCUGUAAUUAUGAAUAAGCAGGUUUGAGUUUUAUGAUUCAUGGAUUCAUGUUUCAUACGCAGUAUGUUCUGACAGUUAUUUACUAACAUAUAAGCAUUUUUGUGUGAACAAGUUUAUGGAAAUAUACAUGUAGAAGUAUUGAUUUUGAAAGCGGCAUCUGCAGGAGUACAGUAACUGCAGGAAUAUUUCAAGGUUACUUGCAGUAAUUUUAGGAAAAUGGUGCGAAGAUAAGUGUUGCUACAGUUCACAUUUCGCCUAAAACACAAGUGGAAUGUUUAUCGUGCAAAACAAUUAUACAAAACGAUUGCUUAAUGGUAAAUUUGAAUAUGUUUAGAAAGAUUAUAAAACGUGAUCCAUAUUUACUCGUGAUAGGAGGAUCUAACAAAAAAGGCAAUUGGAGAUUCUUUGAAAGCAUUGAGCACAGGAAACAGAACCAGAGGCACGGAUAAAAUGCAAAUAUUCACUAACCUCAAAAAAGGAAGACAACUGGCAUUUUCCACGUAAUGAUUGUAGAAUGAUAAAAAUCGACAGCAAUGUCGGAUCUUAAAGCAAAGCUUGCAGAUAAAGGCUUUUCUAACUGGAUCAAAGCAAAUCUUGCGAUAUCUGUCACCAAAGCUGGUUUGGAAGAUUCCGUAUGUACCAAACUUCAAACUAUUCACCGCGGUAUUUUAAAUGAUAUACGAACGGACGAUCAGAAACACAACAACAUCUUUUGUUAUGGUUGCUCAACACAGUCUAUAAUUCGCUGCUCGAGAAUACAUCCAUGCAAUCGGGUGGGCAAGAUAUGUCCGUUCCAUAAACAAACACAAUAUCGAAAAUGUCGAAACGAAAUUUGUGAUAAAAUCAGAGACACAAUAGUACAAGCUCAUAUACAUCAAACACCGUCAUGGAAAAAUACUCGGGCGGAGGCGUGGUGUAAAUCUUAUUGGGAGUAUGCAAAAUGCUUUAUGCCCUCAGAUGGAUACUCUGACAAGAACUCAUUUUCUGAAACAGACUUCAAUGGAAUCAUUAAUAUAGCGAUAAAUCAUUCCGCAUUUUGUGAUGAGAUCGACGGUAGUAUCUGUAAAAAAGCGCGAAGUAUUGUGAAUGGUAUAAGACAUAAUUCAGACCUUUCAGUCGGUGACCAGCAGCUUGAAGACAUAGUUACCCUGCUUAAACAAUUACUGUCAUGUUGUGAAGAAUUCAAGAACAGUUCUCAGGCAGCGCAAGCAAUACUGAAACUAGAAAAUUUGAAGGAUGAUACACUUUCAGUCACGGAGGGGGAUGUAAAACAGUGUCUCCAAAAUCAAUAUGAUGAUCUUGUAAAAGACUUGAAAGCUGACCUAAUACAGUUUAAUAAAGAUCAACUUGGAACAACACCUAUAUCACCGGUAUUAGAAGAGGUUGACAGCCCGCUUCUGGAACUAUACGUACCGACGAUAAUUGCUAGGGUCCAGCCAGGCGUUACAGACCAGAGAACAACUCCUGUGGCAACGCUGAAGGACGUAUUUUUCGGUCGCAAAGAUCGUUAUAGGGAAAUUUAUUUAUGCGCCGACACAGGCCUAGGAAAGACAGUAUAUGGAAAACGACUUGCAUUAAUGUGGAGCCAAGCCAACGAACCGGAUCAAAAUGAAUGUAACAUCACCCUUGAGGAAAUAGAUGUAAUGAAAAGUUUUGAUUUUGUGUUUUUCAUUUCCUUGAAAGAGUCUGAUCAGAUGCAUGUUGACGUUGAUGACAUGAUUGAACAUCAGAUAAUUAAGAAUUUAGCACGAAAGUCAAGCUAUAGGACAGAAUUUAUAGAAAAAGUCUUAACCAAUGAGAACUGUUUGAUUAUCCUAGAUGGUCUUGAUGAAUGGUCACAUGCCACAGAACAUAUCCCUCAUAGAAAAUCAAGACAAACUUGCACGUUCUUCACGACGACAAGGCCAUGGAAAUUUACCAUCGCCAAGAUCAAACAAAGUAAAAUAGAUCAACAACUUGAAAUGAGAGGGAUCGACACUGUCGGGAAACAGAAAUUGUUGUCAAUUGUAAUGAAAAACUUAAUGGGUAAUGAAGUGGAUUGUGAGUCAGUCACUCAGUUAAAAGACUUUGAAACAGAAGUUAAAAAGAGGAAAAUUGUGGAAUUCGAGACCAGUCCAAUGUUGUUACUCUAUCUGAUAUGUCUUUGGCUCGACGAAAAGCCACUUGGCGACUCUCGCUGUAGUCUGUAUAGCAAUAUUGUUGAAAUGUUGCUACAAAAAUUUGCAGAAAAGCAGCAAAUAUUACCAACAUUUGCGGAAGAUAAAAUGAGCAUACCAGAAUGUUUCAAAAGAAACGAACAAUGUUGCAAAUACUUCACAUUCGUCGAUGCUUUAUCAUAUCUUGCUUUUAUAACUCUGUUUAACCAACAUAUUGAAAAUAAGUAUGUAUUUGCAGAUACGAUAGCAAAGGAAAACAUGCCUGGGAAGUAUAUAGAAUUUUGGUUAAAAACCGGUAUCUUAACACAAAUCAAAGGUCGAAAAAGGCUCACGACACACGACAUUAGAGUGUCGUUCAUUCAUAAAACCUUUCAUGAGUUUUUCGCAGCUUUGCAUCUUGCACUUAGCGAACCAGAAGAUGUAACAGACGUUGUGGGAAAGGUGUGCCCAGACAUGAACUCGGUUCUUCAAAAUGCAAGUUUUCUAGAAUUUCUCUGUGGUCUUAGUCCAGCUACUAGCAGUAGAAUAUUAAAAAGUUUGGUCGCACGUCAAGCAACAGAUAAAUUCACACAAAGGCUUCGGAACAACACCUAUGCUUUCCUUGACUACUGGGAAAUCUGUGAUUUAAAACAGGACUUCCAGGAUAUGAUGGUAGCCUGUGUGAAUGAAUCUAAAGACAACAGUCAUAUUCCUAAUUAUCGUUUAGAAGAUAUAUUUCUGAAUUUUGACAGUGAACCAGGGAAGCGCUACGUGACGCUUUGUGUGAUUUGGUUGAACACAAAAUGUUAA